AUGUACAUUAACAAAUUCUCGAUUGUUGACUUUACUCCUGCUCAUGAUAUUCAAACGGAUGCACCAAAGAAGAGAGGUAGACCACCUAAGAAUUCACCACAUGCAAAUAAAUCAAUGUUUAUUAGGUCAACUGAGACAAUGCCAAUGAGGUAUGAGUUGACGAAUAGAAUGACAGACCAAUUCAAGAAGGAUAAACGAAGAAGAAAGGAAAAGAAAGCAUGUAAUAGUCCAAACACAUCUAAUUGCUCAACAUAUAGUAGUGCAUCAUCUUUGACUGUCAUGCAAGAAUUGAAUAAUUGUUUAGUUUCAGACACAUUAGUUUCGUCUCUUCCAACAACGCAUGCAUCUACUUCUCAAUCCAAUAUUAUCACAACAACAUCUACUACUAACGACAAUACAACAACACAUCUAGAAUCCAAUCUUAUCACCUCCAACAAUAACAACACAUCCAAUUAUAAACCUCCAAGAAAGACAAGAUAUUCGAUAUCCAUCAAGGAAUUAUUAAAUUGA